GGGGGGCGCGCCCCCCGCCCGGGGCCUGCGGCGGGGGCGCGGGAUAAAGCGGUGCCGGCCCGUUCGCCUGGCGGCACAGGGGCGGCCGGGACGGGCCCAGCGGGGCGCCCCGCCAUGGCGAGCCCCGCACGCCCGCGGCAAGAGCUGGCGGCGGAGGAGCGGCGGCUCCGCGGCGCGGCCCCGACGGUGCCCCGCGACGCCAAGCGGGAGGCGGCGGGGGAGCGGCUGGUACUGCUGGAGCUGCGCCGCUGCGGACGGCCGCCGUCCCCCGGCCCCGGCGAGCGGCAGGAGGAGGGGGAGGAGGAGGAAGAGGAGGGGGAGGCAGCGGCGGGCGAAGAUUGUUGCGGCAAGUGCAAGAAGCGGGUGCAGUUCGCUGACUCGCUGGGGCUGAGCCUCGCCAGCGUCAAGCACUUCAGCGACGCCGAGGAGCCGCAGGUGCCGCCCGCCGCGCUGUCGCACCUGCAGAGCCCUCCCGGCGAGGAGCGAGACCCGCCGCCGCCCGGCGCCGACCCCCCGCCGCCCGCGCUGCUCCUGGUGCCCGACUUCCCCGACGGCGGGGAGCCCAGCGCCGAGCGGCUGCGGCGGCAGCGCGUCUGCCUGGAGCGCCUGGGGCGGCCCGCGGCGCCCACCGACGUGCGGGGCACGGUGCAAGUGCUGGGCGGCCCCGGCCCCAAGGAAGUGACGGUGCGCUACACCUUCAACGAGUGGCUCUCCUUCGUGGACGUCCCGGCCGCGCCCCUGCCCCACGACCCGCCGGCCGAGCGCUACUGCUUCACCCUGUGCGUCCCGCCGAGCCUGCGGGAGGGCUCGGCCCUGCACUUCGCCAUCCGCUACCGCAGCCCCCAGGGCGAGUUCUGGGACAACAACGGCGGCCGCAACUACACGCUGCGGUGCUGCGGCUGCCCCGGGGGCGGCCCCGCGCCGCCCGCCGCCGCCCCGCCGGCCCCCGCCGCCCCCCGCUACUGACGCCCGCCGGGCGAGGGGAGCCGAGGGGACCCGGCCGGGCAGGGGCAGGCGGCCGCCCCCCGCGCCCGGAGUGAGGCCCGCCUCGGGAGGGAGACGCCAGCGCGCCGAGGGCCCCGUCCCGGAGACUGCCCCAAGUCUGGUGGUUUUUAAGCAGGCGCUUCAGUUUCUGCCAGCGAAACAUGGAUGUGCGUAGGCUCGCAUUGCUGUGGCUUGUGGAAUUGUUCUCCUUUUUGGUUUUUUGUCUUUUUUCUUUUUUUUUUUUUUUGAGAGAAAGAGAGAGAGCAAGGAGACUGAGUAGCGUGGGCUUUGCUUUUACCCUCUUGAAGUGAAUUUUUGAGGUCUUGAUUUGGGCUUGACUCCACUUACCCGAUUAGUCAAGAGCACUCGUGUGAAAACUUGGUUGCGUGUUCGCUAAAGGUUUAACUUAGGAUCCCAAUUUUCUCGUUCUCAGAUCCAUUUGAAAGACACAGUACUGCGACAGCAACGGUGUGCUUCGUCCUUUUUUUGUUAUUUUCUUUUCGUUUAAUGGACUCCGUAACAAUACGAUUCACUGUUGUGAGCACCUGUCAAACCCGUGACAGGCUUGCGUGCUCGCCCCACCUUUGCCAUGGCUGCGGCGGCUCUGAACAGCAGGCACUCUGUUUUGGGGCUGGAUCUGGGGCUGGUCUGGGUUGCUCUGGUUUUUGUCAUUCAACACACUUUGAUACUGCUCCCCAGGCUCGCGUGUAGGUCCCGUCUGGCUAAUAGCAGCUAACAGAGACUUCUGCAGAAAUGUUUUUGCUUAAAAUAGACUGGUGACUUCUUUUCACACAGCUGACAAGUCUAAAACCGGGACGAAGGAGGAGUUAAAAUACUUGCUGAUGCUGUGUUUAUCAGGAGAACUUUGGUAACACCUUUGAGUCAUGCACUGUGAAGUAAAAGAUGGUGUCCAUCUCAUACACGGUUCUGUAUUUUCAGAUUUGGGGAGUAGUUGCUGGUUUGGAUGACCCUUCUCACUGAGGAGUGCCGAUGUGAUACAGAGAGGGUGUCUUCAGUAACAAAUGGAAACAAGUGCCUUAGUUCUGCUCUCCUUACGCUACAUUUUGCACCACAUUUCUCAAGUAUUUAUGAUUUAUUCAGCUUUUUUGCUACAUAUUUUUCUGUAUUUGUAUGUUGCUGGGAAAGGACUUUGUUGUGCACACAGCUGGACUUUAUGGCACUGGACACUUGAAUUGAUUUUAUAGUCUUCACUCUUACACUGCAAGCCUAUAGGUUGACUACUGCUGGUGUACCAACUCCUGAAAUUAAGCAAAAACUACCAAUGCAAAUGGGUUUGUAAGAAUAAAAAAGAGUUUUAAAAAAGGCCAUAAAGCUCACCAUUACACUUUUUUUUUUUUUUUUUUUUUUUUU